AUGCCUCCACGGAUACGCAUCCGGCCACGCGCCCUCCGCGCCUGCACCUCAAACCCAACCCGCCCCAUCUCUCUACCCGCAAUUGCAACCUACGCCUCGGUAGCAACAACCUCAGCGACCACCCCCGCACCCCCAAUCCAGCAGACAUACAAGGCCGCGCCCCCAGUACUACGAUACCCGCCUACUCAACCGCCCUCUCACAAGCCCCCAGAGGUCCGCAAAACGCAACUACACCGGCAAUACCAGUCGCUUCUUAAGUCCUCACCUCUGAUCCUGAUAUUCCAGCACAACAAUGUCAAAGCGGUGGAAUGGAUGAGCAUAAGAAGAGAGCUGGCCAUUGCAUUACGCAAGUUGGAUGCGGAGAGGGCGAAGAAUGGACAAGAGACGCUUGCAGAGGAAGUUAAGAUGCAGGUCAUCCAGACGAACAUCUUUGCAAGUGCAUUGAGGGUUGUGGAGUUUUUCAAUCCAGAAAAGUCGACGAUGGAUCAUGCACAACACCCCACGGACCCGCGGACACCGACGAGCGCGCAGAUACCGCAGACAAGUAAUGACGCAGAGGACGAGCGCUUUACACAUGGUCUCUCAAGACGGGCACAUGAAAUCGCAAACAACAGGAAGUUGAAGUUGGAAUUGGAACCUCUACUCUCCGGCCCCCUCGCCGUCGUAGCAUUCCCUGAUGUCACACCGCAAUACCUCAAGGCCGUCCUAUCCAUCCUUUCGCCUUCGAAGCCCGACUUCCCUGCGCCAAGCCGAAAAGCGAACCCAGACUACUACGAACCGGCGGUACAAACUGGUCUUCAGAAGCUGAUGCUCUUAGGUGCAAGAGUAGAAGGCAAAGUCUUCGACGUGGACGGCACCAAGUGGGUUGGUAGCAUCCCUGGAGGUCGCGACGGUCUCCGAGCACAGCUUGUGCAAAUGCUGCAGGGUAUUGGUGGAAGCCUUACUAGUGCUCUGGAGGGCGCGAGCAAGAGUCUGUACUUCACUGUUGAAGGACGGAGGAUGGAUAUGGAGGAGAAGGAGAAGGGCCCUGCUGGUGACGAUAAUCAGUCAUAG